CGAGAGGGGGCGGAGUCACGCUUGGUAGAGGCGCACUUCAAACAUGAGCCCAUCCACUCCCCGCCGCCUUCCCCAAACUGACACUGAAUCGUAAUUACAUGUCCAUGAAAAAAAAAAAGAGCAGGACAAAGCGGGGUUCUUCUUUUAUUUACACAUCUUGUUUUGUUUAAACACAAGCCCUUACUAAUGAAUGUGUUUGCCGAGUAGCUUGAAAACGCUGCAAUAAUCAUCCGAAAGAAAAAAAAAAAUUGUGCUCGGGUGCCAGAGAGACGAGCAGCAAUUCUGAAAGAGAAGGGGGAAAAAAGAGAAGAUUCAUCAGAUAGUUACUUCCUUAUGUGUACACGUUGAAAAAGCAGGUUCGACAGCACGUCGGGAUCGUUGCCGGAUGAGCGGAGAGAGCUGCUCGAGACACCACCACCCGGCGGCAGCCGAAGCGUACCGAUCGCAGACUCCAGCGCCUGCUGCAGGUCCAGCGGCGGCUGCUGGUUCUGAUUUUGGUUUGCCUUGUGGAGAAAUAAAUCCCUGUGAAACAAAAGGACACAGUGUUACCUUGUUGUUGAAGGUACUGGAAAGAAUAAAUCAUAAGGAAGAAGCACAAUGUCAGCUGGGGGUGCAGAGGAGGACAUCCCUCUGGGAGAGAGAAAGACCGUCACAGACUUCUGUUACCUCUUGGAUAAAUCCAAGCAGCUCUUUAAUGGUUUAAGAGAUUUGCCUCAGUAUGGUCAUAAACAAUGGCAGUCUUAUUUUGGGAGAACUUUUGAUGUUUACACAAAGCUGUGGAAGUUUCAGCAGCAGCACAGACAAGUGCUAGACAACCGGUAUGGUCUGAAGAGAUGGCAGAUUGGAGAAAUUGCUUCCAAAAUUGGCCAGCUGUACUAUCACUACUACUUGAGAACGUCAGAAACAAGCUACUUGAAUGAAGCCUUUUCUUUCUACUCUGCAAUAAGGCAAAGAUCCUAUUAUUCCCAAGUCAGUAAAGAAGACAGGCCCGAACUUGUUGUCAAGAAACUCCGCUAUUAUGCACGCUACAUUGUUGUCUGUCUGUUGCUCAACAAAAUGGACCUCGUGAAAGAAUUAGUAAAGGAUUUAUCAGAUGAAAUAGAAGAUUAUACACAUCGUUUUAACACAGAGGACCAGUUGGAAUGGAACCUCGUUUUGCAGGAAGUGGCAGCCUUCAUUGAGGCGGAUCCAGUGAUGGUUUUAAAUGACGACAAUGCUGUAGUGAUAACAUCCAAUCGACUGGCCGAAGGAGGGGUGCCUCAGCUGGAACAGGGCAUGAUUGUGGGUCAGCUAACACUGGCAGAUGCCUUAAUUAUUGGAAACUGCAAUAAUCAGGUGAAAUUUAGUGAAUUGACGAUAGACAUGUUUCGAAUGCUACAAGCACUGGAAAGGGAACCUGUGAAUCUGGCCACGCAGAUGAAUAAGCCGGGAACUUUGGAGUCGAGUGAGAAACCAACCAAGAGAGAAAAUCCUCACAAGUACCUGCUGUACAAGCCAACCUUCAGCCAGCUCUACACGUUCCUCUCUGCAUCUUUUAAGGAACUGCCUGCCAAUAGCGUGCUGCUGAUUUAUCUGUCUGCGACUGGAAUCUUCCCCACAGGUCGCUCUGACUAUGAAGGCCCCUACGAUUUUGGUGGAGUGCUGACCAACAGCAACCGUGAUGUGUUGAAUGGAGAGACGGUGCACAAACGCAAUCAGUCGCACAAGGAGAUGCACUGCCUCCAUCCAGGUGACCUGUACCCGUUCACUCGAAAGCCUUUGUUUGUUAUUGUAGAUUCUUCUAACAGUGUGGCCUAUAAGAAUUUCACUAACUUGUUUGGUCAGCCUUUGGUGUGUCUGCUUUCACCGACUGCUUAUCCUAAAAGCAUGCAAGAUCAGUCCCAACGAGGAAGCCUCUUCACGCUUUUUCUAUACAACCCCCUGAUGGCCUUCCUUCACACAUGUGGUUUGUCCAGUAUGCGUAGGGGAUUGUGGGACAAAUGUCAGGAUUAUCUGCGAAAGGUCUACCGGGAUGUGGGUCAGCUGAUCACACGCGCUCGCUCUAUAGACCAAGCCUUUCUUCAGUUCUUUGGAGAUGAAUUUCUUCGACUGCUGCUUAUCCGGUUUGUGUUUUGUUCAGCGACACUUAGGCUCCACAAGAUUUUUAGGGAGACAAGGAAUUAUCCGGAAACAUACCCUCAGCUUCCUAAAGAAGAUACCAUCGAGAACCCGUUGGUUCAGAAGCACAUUCUUGAGCUGGCAUCAAUGUUGGAUGUUCAGAAUCUUUUCUUCAACAGCACCAUUGAUGAUUACUAAGUGGACACCAGCCCUCUUGUUUUAUAGAUCGCCGAUUUUUGAAAAUGUUUGGUUUUCCUACAUAAUGUCAGAUCUGUUCACGUUACUCUUUCUACUUUUUAAAGGCCUAUGGAAUAUUUUUGAAACCAAGAGGUGCAGCUAUAUUUGGGAUGUCAGGAAAACAUGGGUCUACGAGGGCUUAAAACAAAAAGAAAACCGAGACUGAGCUUUUGAUAAAGAGGAAGGCGCAACCUUCACUUUCGGUGGUAGACUGCCUUGAGACAGUUCUGCAUGUGUAUAUUACUUGCUGUUUGAUACAGAUGUCCAGCUCCUCGCUUGCAGUAGUCCUUUUUGCACCAUUCCACUUUGGUUGUGAAAGUCUGUUUCCUUGUAAUUAGAGGUGAGUAACCAUCUCUGAUUAGUUUGUCGUUUGCACAAUGUGACGUGUCUUCAGCCUGCAUGUACAGUACGGAGACAACGAUCAGGCAUAGAAUCGUCCAACUUUGCAGCAUUUUGCCUGCAGUUCUGAGGUUCGGUACUCAAUGUUUGUUGUUUUUUCCGUGGGAGUAUCUUGGUGAUGGACAUCGAUAUUUCCCGUAGAGUACGAAAGGACGGCCACAUUGCCAAAAAAGGCCGAGGCCUUUCAAUCAUUGCAAAGCCAUUCCUUUUUGAAUAAAUGCCCAUUCAUGUAUAAGCAAUACAUAGAACAAUGUGGUCAGACCUUGACGUGGAGGACCAAACAGUUACGGGCCCACCUUUCAUGCUACCUGACAGCAUGCGUGUGCAGUGUGUAGUGUACUGUAUAUUGUAAAGUGUACCGAUCUAAAUGUUUUUACCACGAGGUGGACACAUCUGUCAAACUGUGUUUGAGAAUUUUUGUUUUUGUUUUAAUUACGUUUGGCCGUUUUAUCUUUUGAUGAGGAACGGAUGUCCUUUGGUAGAUGCGUAACGCUCAUGUAAAGAAAUCUCCUAAAAACUCCGGUUCCUUGGUUUAGGGACGCUUUUAACACACAUUUUUCACGCUUGGGCUAUCCCAGGAGAAUGGCAUGUCUUAAUACUGAAAGUGACCAAAUGCCUGAGAUCUAAAAGUCUGUGAAAAUUAGUUUAUUUAGCAACCUUUGGGUUUUUGCAAAGCACAUUAGCACGUUUUCUUGAACUUGGCAUGGCUAAUGUGUACGAGUAUAAACAAAGAAGCUAAUAUUGUUAACUUAACAUAUACAUGUAUUUUGCUAUUUAUAAAAUGUAUUUAUUAUCGAUCUUAAUUUAAGAGAAAUCACACAAUAAGUGAACAUUGGUUAAUUCCUUCGUAUCAUAUCCUGAUUUAGACACUUCCGUAUGCCAUGAUGUUUAUGCACUUGUCUUAUAAUAAUGCUAAGAUAUACAUAUAUAUUUUUCAAACAUAUUUUGAUUAACCAGGGUUAUUUCAUUUACUUCGUAAAGGAGUAGUUGUUCCAAUUUUGAUAAAUACGGAUCAUUUGAUGAUACAUAUUUAGAUAUAAUUUCUUUUCAAGUCAGUUUAGAAUAUUGGCUUCCGAAAUGAGUGUAGGAUUGAUGGUGACGUCGUAGGAAUAGCAUUGGAACUGUGGCGAUGCCACCUCUCAAAAAAUGUGAAAAAAAAAGUGAAGCACAUACACAAUUAAAACACAGAGGAGCAAAAAAAGUAAAAUUGUUUUGCAGAGUUGUUCUUGCCAAAUUAACACUCUGGGGACACGUGAGACGGUCAACGUUUUGCAUUUUUGUCCUGCUUUUUGUGCCAUUUAUGGGAAUGCGGAUGCUGUGCCUUUAGGGCUGGCAUCACAAUACCCGCUUUCCAAUCGUAAUCACAAUACACUGUACUGAAUGUAAAGCAGACAGUCAGUCCAAAUUAUUAAAGUGUGAGGAUCAGGAGAAAGAAAGCAAGUGUCAAAAAAAGCCGAAAAGAGAUAAACGGCAAAUCAAAGACAAACGGUACGAGCUUAGUUUCAAACAACCAGUAAUCCAAGUUCAAAGUAAAGCGAUUUCUGCGUGUGGUUCUCUCUCAGAUACUUGUGACUAUUUUAGGGUGAGCCUUAUACCGUCGCUCCAAUGAUGUCACUAUUGCCAAUGCAUCAUGGGAAAUCCCCAAGGAAACAGGUAAUACAAAAUAGCGGCUCCAUCCCCAAAUGAUACCCAGAUGAGGGAAACCCAAGAAAGAAGCUUGAAUCAUAACAUACUUAAUCAGAAUGCACGUGCAUUACCAUCGAUUGUGAAGUGUGACAUGCCAGUGACGCCCUGUGACAACAUCAAGCUGGUCUGAUUUUAUCAUAGUGAGUCGUAGCAGUGGACUCUUGUAUGCGUGACGGUUAACAGCCAGUGAGCGCUCAGCUUGAAGUCUGAUGCAUAAAAUGCCACAGAAUGCCAAAGAACAAUAACGACUACAACGAACGAAGGAAACUGUGAGUUUUGAAUGAUGCUAAAGGAGUAGAGUCCCACUGAACUUUGGAGCAAGCACUGCUGUCUGUUCAAUUUUUGAUGUUUGCCAUAACAUGGCUGAGGGUUACAGCUUAUUCUAAUGGGCUCCAUGCUGAUUGGCUCCAGCAAAUAUGCAAUUUAGAAUCUAUUGUAUUCAGGAGUUUCAAACAUGGCAACAGGAGAGGACCUUCACUAGCCUGUCCGGAAGCAGCUCUCCCCCAAGUCAGCCAGAUUCCAAAUACCACCUACAGGCCUCGGCCUUCUCAGGCCUAAAAUGAGGUACUAGCAUUAGAAGUUCUAAAUGUAACAAAGUCCCAAAAUGUAUCAGAAAUACCCUACAAGGCAGAGGGUUUCUGUAACAAAAAGGCAACAGUUAAUAUUUAUAAAUGAAAUAUUUAAUAAAUAAUCAAAAAAGAAGAACAAAUGCAAAACAGGAUGUGCCUAAAAGGCAAUUCAAAGUAAACAAGCACCAAUGCACAGCCCUAAGGCUGAAAUUCAAAAAACAGAGCAAUGGAAUCCAGUAAAUAAAUCAAAGACAAGCAAAAUUCAGAAAAAACUCCAACCCAAUGACGCACUGCGACAGAGGGCGGACCUAGCAGCAGUGAUGUCACCUUUGCCCCACCUCCUGGAGCUCCACCCAUAAAUUACUGGGAAUGGAGUCACAUUUUAAAGGCACAGUACAUAAAUAUUGCAUAAUAAGUUGACAUGACAGAAAUCAAUCAAUCAAUCAAUCAAAAUUUAUUUAUAUAGCACAUAUUCAUACAAAAAAAUGUAGCUCAAAGUGCU